CAUCUGGGGUGUCAGGUACCCCGAUAUAUCGGUAGGCGCUCUCUGAACAAAGUCAUUUGUUGGAUCUCUGGUCACUGUUUUAGUUGAUUUUAGCGUAAUUGACUUUUUACAGAAAAACACGUGGAGAAACAAUAAAUAUGGCGGCUGUUGCAGCUGCAAAAGUACAAGAAGUCCGUGAAAUCACUAGGAUAGAAAGAAUUGGAGCACAUUCCCAUAUUAGAGGCUUAGGGUUAGAUGAUAGCUUAGAACCCCGUCAUGUGUCACAGGGUAUGGUUGGUCAGCUGAUGGCACGCCGGGCUGCCGGUGUUGUCUUGGAAAUGAUUAAGGAUGGUAAGAUAGCAGGACGUACUAUACUGUUGGCAGGUCAACCUGGCACUGGAAAGACUGCCAUUGCUAUGGGAAUGGCCCAAGCUUUAGGAAUAGAUACUCCGUUUACCUCAAUGGCAGGUUCUGAGAUAUAUUCCUUAGAGAUGAGUAAAACUGAAGCUCUGACUCAAGCCAUUAGAAAAUCUAUCGGUGUUAGAAUCAAGGAAGAGACAGAAAUUAUAGAGGGUGAAGUGGUUGAAAUUCAAGUUGAUAGGCCUGCCACAGGCGUUGGUGCUAAAGUUGGUAAACUAACGCUGAAAACAACAGAAAUGGAAACUAUCUAUGAUCUGGGAAAUAAAAUGAUUGACAGCUUAAUGAAAGAAAAAGUACAAGCCGGUGACGUAAUAACGAUCGACAAAGCCACAGGAAAAAUCAAUAGACUGGGUCGAUCCUUUACCAGAGCUCGGGACUACGAUGCAACUGGCUCGCAAACGCGUUUUGUACAAUGUCCCGAGGGAGAGUUACAAAAACGCAAAGAAGUUGUACACACAGUAACGUUGCACGAAGUCGACGUUAUAAACAGUAGGACUCACGGAUUUCUGGCGUUAUUCUCUGGUGAUACAGGAGAGAUUAAAUCGGAAGUACGAGAUCAAAUAAACGCCAAAGUUGCCGAAUGGCGGGAAGAAGGAAAAGCGGAAAUCGUUCCGGGUGUUUUGUUCAUCGACGAGGUUCACAUGCUCGAUAUCGAAUGCUUCUCGUUCCUAAACCGUGCGCUCGAGAACGAAAUGGCACCUGUCGUGAUUAUGGCUACAAAUAGAGGUAUAACAAGAAUCAGGGGAACAAAUUACAAAAGUCCUCAUGGUAUUCCAAUAGACUUGUUGGAUCGUAUGAUUAUUGUCCCUACGAGUCCGUAUCAGGAAAAGGAAUUGAAGGAAAUCUUGAAGAUAAGAUGCGAAGAAGAAGAUUGCGAAAUGGCAGACGAUGCUUUAACAGUUCUUACUAGAAUAGCCUUAGAAACGUCGUUAAGAUACGCGAUUCAAUUAAUUACCACCGCUUCUCUCGUCAGUAGACGAAGAAAAAGUACCGAAGUUAAUAUAGAUGACGUAAAGCGUGUUUAUUCACUGUUUCUCGAUGAAAAUAGGUCAACGCAGUUUCUCAAAGAAUACCAAGACGACUUCCUGUUCAAUGAAAUACCGGAUGAAGCGAUGGAAAUAUCGUAACUA